GCAGCAGGAGUCCACACCUUGUGCUGUGAGCCGAACACGCUAUCCCGCGCCUGUUGACGAUUGCCGGAAACGCGCCAGGCGACGGCGUUUGGAGCUUUCUCGAAGUUGCCGGAAGAAGUGCCCGUCCCGGGAGGUUUACCAUGGGAUCUCCACUGUUCGGCGACAUUGAUGUGGGAAUGGCUAUGACCGCCAUCCUGGCGUGCAUGGCGUCAACACUCGGUGCCCUUCUCUUGACCCUCAGGCCGAAGGACUCUAAAGGGGGGGGAUCCACGUGGCUAGCGUGCUCCAAAGCCAACCCCGCCAAGAGAGCGUGGGAGGUGUUCAACCUGCGCUACGCGGUGUUCUGGGUGGGGUGCUUUGCGGCCAUCAUCGGCUUCAGCCUCUACGAAGAUUUCGAUGAAGUGUCGUACAUGGUGGUUUGCUUCGGCCUGUCCCUGCCCAUCGUGGCCUUCCCCCUCGUCAGCGUUCACCCGUCAGAGGAGGGGUUGGCCGUCGGGCAGCGUUGCGGGGUACGGGCCAAUGUUUGGAUAGCGAUCUACAGUUUCAUCGGGAACUACUGGUACACACACUACUUCUACUGCGUGCUAGGCGCCAAGUACACCUUCCCUAGCUGGCGGUUGAACGACGUGCCGAUACCGUUGAUCGCUGCGACGGUGUUCUACUUCUCUCUCUACCAUGCCCUCAGCAACAUGGCCAUCCGCAAGGUUGUCACGUCCUUUGAGGCUACCACGUCGCGGACGGUGACGCUGGUGGUGCUGGUGGGCGUGAUGUCCUACGCGGUGGCCUUCACGGAGACCCUCACUAUCUCCGGGUUCCCGUACUACGAGUUCGAGGACAGAGACAUGGCGUACGUCGUGGGAUCGGCGUUCUAUGGGAUAUACUUCAUCGUCAGUUUUCCAAUGUUCUACGCGUUCGACGAGUGGCCUCAAGAAGACGAGAACAAGCUGGCGGACAGGAGGGCCGGGAACUCUGCGCGGGGGCUGUGGGGUGCGGCGGUAGACUCCCUCGGGGCGAGCAUGCUCAUCCUUUGCCUUCUGGACUUCGUCCGCUUAGCCGUAGGGUCGGAAUUCUACAUGAAAGGAUGACUUAUCCCCCGCCCGAAAGCUCGGCACUUCAAAGAGCAAAGAAAAAGUGGCCAAUCCAGUCUUGUUGGGCAUGUUGCCCGGAGGGGAGAUGUCGUUACAUGCUGCUCGGGUAAUCGUAGGAACAUGGGCAGUGUGUCCGCUUACACUACAAAAUGAAUUCGUUGCUAUUUUAUCCCUGGCCCUCAUCUCUGGAUAGGGGUCAAUUCGUUGUGUUUUUGUAAGACGAAAACGAGGUAUUUUAGUUGUUGUGCUCUCUAUCGUAGGGUUGUGGCAAUACGCGAAUUGAGGUCUCUUUCGAGGGUGGGAUUUCUUGGUGGAAGGAAGGCUGGGAUUUUUCCGGGAUUUUUCCGGGGGAAGGAGGGUGCGACUUGAAACAAUACCUAGUACGGAUUAAUCGUUCUCCGUAUAACGAUGAAGGGUAGUUGUGGCCUGACGAGUUUGUUCAGGAGAGGCUUGGAAUUGUUAGUGGGAGGUGGGAGAAUAUCGUCGUGUAACAAAACUCACAAUGUGUUCGAGAAGGGUCUUCCUUUUGGUGCAAGGAGGAAGAGUUCCUCAGCGGAAGCGCGAGGUUGUGUGUGACACGACAACCGUGCCGUAGAACGUUUGCGCGUAUGAACCCGGCAGUCUUGCAGCCGACGGAAAGUCUCACAGCUGCGCAACUCUCCCGGGUUGUUGUCUGCAAAUAACAACAUCUGCUUUCGACCUUCAUCCAGAACUGCCUAUUCGUGCUAUGUAGUAUCAUACGUAUUGACAACGUAGCAGGCCAAGGGAUCAUCCGACGCAGGAGUAGGCAGUUCCUGUACGAUGUGCUGCGUACUGGGGGUUUACAUCCCAGCAAUCUACAUGCUGCAGCUUGGUUGCUGCGGGAGGCCACCAGGUUUCCGGUUUGACGUUUUCGGCAGGAGGAUCGUUCAGUUCAGAAUACCU